CUUUUCUGAACGUUAUCUUUAUUAAAGCACUUUCGAUAAUUUAAAAAAACCAAUACCAGAAGAGAAUUUCUACAGAUAAGAUACCUAGCUACUACAAAUUAAUAUAAAUUUUACUUAAGCUGGUAGCAUUGGCAGAGGAACAGCACUGAAAUGAAUUGGAUUCUUCAUAUUGGAUUACUACUUUGUGGAGUUUACGCUGCCAGCCCGUUCUGUUUGAACGGAGCAAGAGAUCUCGUCGAUGGAACAAGAUGUCGCAAAUACGCAGAAUGUGAAAACGGAAGGUGGUACCUGAAGCAAUGCCAAGUCGGUCAACAGUUUAACCCUCGCACACGAACCUGCGAAACUGUUAAUUUAUUAGGAUGUAAAUAUGGCAAAUCGAGGUGCGAAGAAGGCAAGACGUUCUCGCACUCUGGUAGCAACAGUCUGUACUAUCAGUGCCGGAACGGUAGGAUCUAUACCAAGUACUGCGGGGCUGCCGAGGUCUUCGAUCAUGAAAAGGGAGAGUGUCAGGUCAUCGAGGGCUUGAGGAACAGCCACGAAGGUUCCAGGAGGAGCAGAAGGAGUGUAGGCGACGUAUGCGAGGAGAACCUGAAGCGAAGGGACGGGAAAUCCUGCAGGGAUUACCUGGAGUGCGUCGACGGGCAAGUGGUCAAGAAGACCUGCUCGGACUGCAUGAACUUCGACGAAGUACACCAAUCCUGCCGCUUCAACAUGGUCCUUCCUUGUGGGCCCAACUCCCUCAUGCCUACUCUGCCGCCCAGACCUCCGACCACGCCCGAACCUCCGACCACGCCCAAACCUCAGCCAACUCCAGAACCUCAGCCAACUCCAGAACCUCAGCCAACUCCAGAGCCUCAACCAACUCCAGAACCUAAACCAACUCCAGAACCUCAGCCAACUCCAGAACCUAAACCAACUCCAGAACCUCAGCCAACUCCAGAACCUCAGCCAACUCCUGAACCUCAGCCAACUCCAGAACCUCAGCCAACUCCAGAACCUCAGCCAACUCCAGAACCUAAACCAACUCCAGAGCCUCAGCCAACUCCAGAACCUAAACCAACUCCAGCUCCUACUAAAUAAAACAAUUUAAAUUAAUAAAACUUAGUGGAGCGGCAAUUAAAGUUUUGAGCAAUUAUUUUAGAAGAUAUUAAAUCAAUUUGUGAUAUUACAUUUUAACAUAAAUCAUAAUAACAUAAAAAACGAAAGUAUGGUCGAUUCAAUAAUACAAGAUUUGUAGACUAUGGAGACUACUUUUUUUCAAAGAACCAUAAAUUAUCUCAAUUAAUAAUUACAAUAAUCAAAUAUACUUAUAAUUAAAAUAAAUAUAUUUAUUUUAAAAUACAUUAUAUUUUAUAUGGGUGUUUUCUUUUUACAACAAAGUUUUUUUACAAAGAAACUUGACCGUUUAAUCAAAUUUAUUCAACUAAUUAUACUUGUGCAAUGUCG